UGAUGCUUCUACUCUAGAUCUGACCGGGUCUAAUAUCAGUGUUCAAAUUAUAAAACCAAGUGAGUGACUAAAGAUCAUGUGUUUCAUUCCGAACUGAAAUAUUUUGAAAACUGCUGCUUUUCACAAAUAACGAUGCCAAAAAGGGGCUUCAAAACACUUCGCAAGUCAGUAUCAAAUUUUAUGGGACGUUUCUCAUGUUAUACGUAUAGUUCAUAUAUUGCAUUUUCUCUCUGAACUGAAUUGAGAGGCUAGGAUGAAAUGAUAACGAAGAUUGUGAUAGAAAUUUUGAUCCCGGUAUGUAUAUGCUUUGCCACGGUCAUACAACAUGUGAAUCCAAUGCGGACUUCUCAACAAAUGGAUAUCGAAAUGACAAGGUCCCAGAUUGUCCCUGACGUCAUCAGGGUAGUACCGAACAAUGAAUUGAAGGUGAAAUAUUUUAAUGUUACGGUAGAUUUUGGAACGAAAAUAACUCCGGCCUCUUUCGUGGAGGAACCCACGCAACUUUACUGGCCAACGAUCGAAAAUCGCCUCUACACAAUUAUUUUUACGGAUCCAGAUGUGCCUAGUCGGCAAAAUCCAGAUGAAAGAGAAUGGAUGCAUUGGAUCGUGGCAAAUAUACCAAAGACUCACAUUUCGAAGGGUGACUGCCUUGCAAGUUACAUAGGACCCAUUCCGCAUCAGUUAGGAUCCUGGCAUCGAUAUGUUUUCGUCGUAAUCGAACAGACGCACAAAGAGGAAUUCAGGGACUGGAUGUUUAAGGACAAAAGGCCCAUUAAAAAGUAUAGAGCCAAAUUUUCGACGAGCCACUUUAUCGACAAAUAUAAGUUGGGAGAGGUAAUAGCUGCCAACUAUUUUAUAAGUAGUAACGAUACGUAUCUAACUACAACUGAGCUAGCCUCUGCCGGUCCGAUGACGGAGGUAGUCACCACUGAAGACGAUGAAUACGUUCUAUCGAGCGACGAGUUCGAGACACCUGAGCCGAACUUUUUCGGCGUGCUCCCUGAUAAAUACAACCCAGACUACCAAGAACCUGAGCAGGCAUCGGUUCCAGAGCACCAUGAAUCUCAACACCCGCACAAUACGUCUGAGUAUCCUUCAACGACAAUUCGUCAACAAACGUCGAAUCACUCGCAAACAACCAACUAUUCGCAGAAGACCAGUCGCAGUCACUGGCGAACAACUCCGGCCGUUUAAGCCACCACCCGGUGGCGAUUCUUAAAAGUUGGCAACACUGUUUUUCCUGCUUUUAAAUGUUUGUGA